GCCCAAUAGUGCUGCGGAGGAACGAGCCACUUCCUUUCUGCGCUCUCGCUGGACCAGUGAGCAGACCCGCGUGGUAACUCUGCAGGGACGGCCUCAGGAUGCAGAACGACGCCGGCGAGUUUGUGGACCUGUACGUGCCGCGGAAAUGCUCCGCAAGCAAUCGCAUCAUUGCUGCCAAGGACCACGCGUCCAUCCAGAUGAACGUGGCCGAGGUUGACAAAAACACAGGUCGGUUUAAUGGCCAGUUUAAAACCUACGGCAUCUGCGGUGCCAUUCGCAGGAUGGGAGAGUCAGAUGAUUCUAUUCUCCGAUUGGCUAAGGCUGAUGGAAUUGUCUCAAAGAACUUUUGAGCAGAAGAAAUCGGGAAUAAUUUGUUACAAAUAAAAGUUUUAAGUACCUGUGACAGUUAA